CUCCGCCAGUUUGUUUCCUCUGCUUCGUAUCACACAGUAUAGCAGGCUAAGUCAGGACUCGGCCCCCAUACUGCUCCCUCCCCCCUUAUAAGCCCAUUCCUUCUGGAAAGGAACCGUUUUCCAGUUACUUAAUACUUUUCUUCUCAAUCUUUUGUUUCGGAAACCUGUUGGGCCCUAUCCUUCUUUUACAGUCAGCCCGCGGAUUCGCCGAUUUUUGCGAGAGUGAGCAUCAUGCAGCUCCUCCAGUCCCUCUUUUUCGCUCUCUUUUUCAGCUACGGCGUCCUUUCUUUACCACAUGGCUCGGGUGCGCAGCACAAGGCACGGUCUUUCAAGGUGGAACGAGUUCGUCGAGGAACCGGUGCUCUGCAUGGCCCCUCGGCUCUCCGCAAAGCAUACCGGAAGUAUGGCAUCGUUCCCACCAACCUCGGCAUUGACCUGGUAGACUUCGAGCCCAUUACCACCACGCACACUGCUGUUGCCGCCAGCGACGUCUCGGAGCCUGACCAGACUGGCGCAGUCAGUGCUACUUCGGUGGAGGACGAUGCUGAGUUUGUUUCGCCCGUCAUCAUCGGUGGCCAGAAGGUCGUCAUGACUUUCGACACCGGCUCGUCGGACUUUUGGGUGCUGGAUACACGCCUCAAUGAAACUUUGCCCGGCCAUACCGAAUACAACCCCUCCAACUCUUCGACCUUCCAGGAGAUGGACGGAUACAGCUUCAAUGUCUCGUAUGGCGACUCCUCGUAUGCCGCUGGGCCCGUCGGAAAGGAUACUGUCAACAUCGGCGGCGCAAUUGUCAAGGACCAGGCGUUUGGUAUUCCCACCGAAGUUUCUGAAUCGUUCAUCGAGGACACCAACUCCAACGGUCUGGUCGGCAUGGGCUUCUCUUCCAUCAACACCAUCCAGCCUGAGGCGCAAAACACGUUCUUCGCCAAUGUCGCCCCCAGCUUGGACGUGCCCGUCAUGACUGCGUCCCUCAAGAGCGACGGGGUGGGCGAAUACGAGUUCGGUGUGAUCGACAAGAGCAAGUACCAGGGCGAUAUUGCCAAUGUUAGCGUGGACUCCUCGAACGGAUACUGGCAGUUCUCUACCCCCCAAUAUCGCGUUGCCGACGGAGACUUGAAGCCAAUUGAGAAAGUGAACACUUCGAUCGCGGACACUGGCACUUCCCUUAUGCUGCUGAACGAGGAUAUUGUUACUGCCUACUAUGCGCAAGUCCCCAACUCGACCUACGUGGACAGUGUCGGUGGCUACAUCUACCCCUGCAACACCAGUCUCCCGAGUUUCUCGAUUGCCAUCGGCGAGUCGAGCCUGGCCACUGUUCCCGGCAACCUGAUCAACUUCUCAAAGGUUGGUACCAACACCACCACCGGACAGGCCUUGUGCUAUGGCGGCAUCCAAUCGAACGGCGGCACCUCGCUGCAGAUCCUGGGCGAUAUUUUCCUGAAGGCCUUCUUUGUCGUCUUCGACAUGCGCGGCCCCUCUCUCGGUGUUGCGGCUCCCAAAUGAUCUUCUCCCAUGUACUUUCAUUCGCCUGUAAUAAUAUCUUCUGAAGUUACUACCUCCCGAUGGAUGUGCACGUGCAUCGGUUUGCCUUGGGUCUGAGAGUCAAGGCGGGAUCACGUGGCUGUAGUUAGAACCAAUAUCAGUCAGAAAUAAUCUGCCUCUGUGGAAGGCGAUAUUAAC